AUGGCUGACAACUCGGCACCCGUCACGAUCCGGACGCGCAAGUUCAUCACGAACAGGCUGCUGGCCCGCCGCCAGUUCGUCGUCGACGUUCUCCACCCCAACCGCGCCAACGUCUCCAAGGACGAUCUCGCCGAGAAGCUCGCGGGCAUCUACAAGACCGAUGCCGGCCGUGUCGUUCCCUUCGGCUUCCGGACACACUUUGGUGGAGGUCGCAGCACUGGUUUUGCGUUGAUCUAUGACGACGAGGCGUCGCAGAAGCGCUUUGAGCCCAGGUACCGCCUUGUCCGCAAAGGUCUUGCACCUAAGAUUGAGAAGGCGUCGCGCAAGUUGCGGAAGGAGCGCAAGAACCGUUCGAAGAAGUUCCGCGGCACCGCCAAGUCGAAGGCCGCCGAGCCCGCGAAGAAAGGCAAGUAA